AUGGACGAUGAGUUGACUCAUAAUGGAGCCGCAACAAAGUCUUCGCCGUCAGCUUCUCGGUUGCACACGGCGGAGGAAGGGGAAGCUUCGGGGGAAUGCGGGAUGCUGAAAAUGGAGCUGGAUGCGGCGGAAGCGUUGGCGGGUCUAGCGCACUACUCGGCGGCGGGAGGCAGCGGCAAUACUGUCACCGAAUCAGUGAGUCAGCGAGUCAAGAACGCAGUUGACACAGGGACGACUAACCGGGAAGACUCGGUUGCAAGGUCUUCGGUUCUCGAUGAGGAUCGAGCAUUAGUGUUUCAGCAGCAGUUCGAAAAGAGAUGCAAUGUGAUGAUAAAACCAGUGGAGGUUAAGCAGGAAGAUGAAUUAGCUAAACAGUGUCUUGUAUGCACCAAAAGUUAUGAUUCAUCUGGCUGCAACAAGUCUAGGCAGAAUUUAGCUGAGGCUGAAAAUGAAGCACGGAGGAUUCGUCGGGUAUUGGCAAACAGAGAGUCAGCAAGGCAGACUAUUCGCCGUAGGCAGGUUCUUUACGAGGAGUUCACCAGAAAAGUUGCUGAUCUAGCACUUGAGAAUGAAAAUUUGAAGAGGGAAAAGGAGUUGGCUGUGAAAGAAUAUGACACUCUGAAGAGCACAAAUGAAUACUUGAAAGCACAGAUAGCUGAGGUAAUGAAGGCUGAAACAGAUGAGAAUCAAGAAGAAUCAAAGGCGCAAAAUGUUGAUCAUUCUAGGUUUCUAUCCACUAAUAGUCCAUUUAUCAUUUAUAACCAAUCCCCUCACACACCAUUUCUGUGGCGUCCUUUCAUACAUUCUUCAAAUUAUCUCCAAUUUCAGUGCGGGCUUCAGAAUGUCACUGGCACUCCACCACAAGUCCCCAUGCCAGCUUAUGGCGAAGUUGAUUCACUUCAUGAACAAGAAAAUUCCAUGAUGGUGAAUAGCCUGGGAACUCCCCCAUAUAUAUUUCCAUGUCUGGGUUUUUCCCCUGUACCCAGCAACACUAGUGGAUUCCACUAUCAGCCAUUCGAUAUAAACAAUCAACUAAAUGAAACUCGUCUGAAUAACCUGUGUUGGCCUAGUUCAUCUUCAAAAGCUACAGCACAUGUAGAGAACCACAACUCACCAUUACCUAGAGUAGUUAAAACAGAAGCUUCUAAACCUACAGAAUCCAUACCUUCGAACAAUCUUCGUGAGAGCACAUUUUGUUUCCCACCGGAUGGCGGUGGUCAGCAAAUUGGGCCUUGCAGUAAAAAGAUGGUUCUUGUGCCCGGACCAUUGACUUGUGUCAGGCCUGUGGUCCAUGUCGAAGCUGAGACUAGUGCACAACCUGAUUACAUAUCUACCGUUACAGCUGUUUCUGCAACGGUUAGUCAGAUGGUAAAUGCAUUGCCAGAAAACAAUCAGGAGCCAACAGUCUGCUCAAGUGAGAAGCUAGUAGAUGCAGCUGCAGCUGCGGAGGCCAGGAAGAGGAGGAAAAAGAUCACAAAGCUAAAGAACCUCCAUUGCCGACAAUUUCGGAGGCAUUUUUGACCUUUCAGUCCAAG